AUGGCACAGGCCAAAGAAACGCCCGGAGACCUGAAGCUUGCCACCGAAGCUCACGUCAGGUAUAUCCAGAGCUUGGAUACGAGGAAGGAUGAGCUGGACUACUGGCUGACGGAGCACCUCCGGCUGAGCGGGUUGUACUGGGGCUUGACUGCACUCCAUCUGCUGGGUCGUCCCGAUGCCCUCCCACGACAGGACGUCAUUGACUUCGUGCUCUCGUGCCAACAUGAGAACGGCGGAUUUGGUGCGGCGCCCGGCCAUGAUGCCCACAUGCUCUCCACUGUCAGUGCUGUGCAGAUUCUGGCCAUGACGGAUGCCUUCGACCAGCUGGAAGUCAAGGGCAAGGGGAAGAAACAGGUCGGCAAGUUCAUCGCAGACUUGCAGAACCAAGAGACGGGCACAUUUGCUGGAGACGAGUGGGGCGAGGAAGACACCCGGUUCCUAUACGGUGCCUUCAACGCCUUGUCCCUCAUGGGCCUUCUGUCUUUGGUCAAAGUUGACAAAGCAGUGGCUCAUAUUGCCGUCUGUGCCAAUUUCGAUGGUGGCUAUGGGGUUGGGCCUGGCGCGGAGUCUCACUCAGGACAAAUCUUCACCUGCGUUGGCGCAUUGUCGAUCGUUGGGCGCCUGGACUUGGUCGACAGGGAGAAGCUAGGCCGAUGGUUGAGCGAGAGACAAGUUCCUUGCGGUGGUCUUAAUGGCCGACCUGAGAAAAAAGAAGACGUUUGCUACAGCUGGUGGGUGUUGAGCAGUCUCGAGAUGAUCGAUCGCACCCACUGGAUUGACCGAGAUGCUUUGAUUGCCUUUAUCUUGAGAUGCCAAGAUGUCGAAAAGGGAGGCAUUUCCGACCGUCCCGGCGAUAUGGUUGAUGUUUGGCACACCCUGUUUGGUAUUACCGGGCUGAGUCUCCUGGGCUACCCUGGCCUGGAGAUGGUAGACCCGGUGUAUUGCAUGCCAAAGACAGUAAUGAAGAAGAUUCUUGGCUGA